GACAGUUACACCCGGAUGUUGAUAAGCUGACUGAACGAGAGCAGUGCGGCGGACGAAACCACCGAGGUGUGUUGAUGACGAACCUGACAACAAACUCUCUUGGUCGGGCGAGAUCAGGGUUCCUGCCGGCCUUGGUUCAAACAUGGCGCUGUCAUUCCUUUUGGUGCUGGCAGCAACAGUGAUACUAAUCAGACCGGAGACACGCGUAACCAAGGCUCUACAUCAUAACUCACUGGAGUGCUGCAGCGACAAACACAGGACAAACAGUUCAUGUUCCAAUGACACUCACUGUGAACCAGGAUGCUUCUUCCGUGUCCUGGAGAGCAGCAGCACCGUUUGCAUACAGUGUGACCCCGCAGCUGUCGACUCCGAGGAGGUUACCAACUGUACCUACAAUUACACGAUGGACAGGAAAAAUCAUACAACAGUCACAACUGUAAUGCCUAAAAUUGGAGGCCCGGGCGUGGCCGCCUCGCUUCUUCUUGGAACGCUGUUGAUCAGCCUGUUCCUGAUCCUGUCUGUCGCCUCCUUCUUCUACCUCAAACGCUCCCACCGACUCCCAAAUAUCUUCUACCGCCGCAACAAAGCCUUCAUAUUCCAGCCGAGCGAGACGGCUGUCAUGAUUCCCUCCUCGACAGCGAGGAAACAACGCUACGUGCGACGGGAGAGGCCCUCUGCGGCGCAGAAAGGCAACAUCGCACCCGCCACUCGGGUCCACAACGUGUAGGAGCAAAGGCGUGAAGGUUUUUGUUUUUUUUUUAAUUCUUGGAGGCCAAAUCGAUGUGAAACAAGGCGGGCACAAACUGUCGUGAUGUCAGCUGGUAUCCUUAUUUAAUGAAGCUCGUCACACUUGAACCUGACCUAUUUUGCAUUGAUGCUGCACUCACAGAUGGGCUCACGCAGAAGUAGCUAGCUUUGUGAGAGUGGAUUUUUUUUUUUUUACGUCUUAGCUACGAACCAAGAUGGCUUCUGUUGCAAUCAUCACUUGGUAGCCUUUUAAUCCGCACUCACGUUAGAGCGAUGUAUUCAUUGCUUUGAGGCUAACGUGCAUCGACCGUCGAGGCCAGUGACCUAGUUGGGUGAUGGUGACAGAGCAGCAUCAUCAUCAUCAUCAUCAUCAUCAGGGCCACCCACUGAAGUCUGUGCUGUACUUUUUUUUUUUUAUAUAUUUGUGAUUGUAUGAGUGUUUUUUUCUCUAUGUUGCUUGUCUCCCAUUAGCCAAAGUGAAUGUAUUUGCCAAGUACACACAGCCUAUAAUUAUUGGAAUUGAUUUACAGUAUUUAUUUUUAAUAAGGGGUCAAAUUAUUCAACUUUUCAAUCAAAGUAAAUAGAUUUUUAAAUGAAUUAAUGAAUGAAUAAUCACCAUUUGCAAAUCCUCACAUUCGAGAGGCUGAAAUCAGGAUAUUUCCAUUUUUACGCCAAAAACAAUUGAAUACCAAAAUAGUUGUCGAUUUAAUUAGAUAAUCGUUUAACCACAGAUUCCUUGAUUAAUUGUUGCAGCUCUACUGCUGAUUAAAUAAAUGUUUUUUUCCAAACAGUGCAUGCAAUAUGGAUAGUCAAAAUUGAACAGCCUCAUACGUCCUUCAUCACACACUUUGUCAGUCUCUCUGUCUCUUUUGUUGUUGCUCUCUGAAUCAGCAUUCGAAUCUGAAAUCGAGCAUUAGCAGCCUUUUAAAACCUGUUACUGAUGGCGGACGGUUGGUUGUCCAAGCACUCCAAACAGAAGCUGUAGUAAUUCCACACUUGAUCAAACUUACUUAAGAUUUUUCUGAUUAAAACACGAAAACUUCAAAACAGGAUAUUAGCGUUUUAGCCAUAAAUUAGUUGCAUCACUGUACAGGCCGCAGGAUUCAAAGCGUGAGGAUAAAGUCGCGUUUUAUUCAUCGGAAAUCAUGGUAAUUAGCAUAUACACCGGCAGUGUAUAUUUUCAUUAUUGAUGAAUAAUUAUUAAUAUUCUAGUAUUAUUCAGAUUUGAUGUCAUUUGCAGCAAAGAGAUACACGUUCAACAAAUAGAAACGCACUUUAAUUUAUAAAUAAUUGUGGGCUUAACUGUAUAUACGUUUCCAGUAUGCUGCAGUAGAAGUAUAGUAAACACUUCAACUUAAAGACGAGAGAUUGGUGCACUUUAUUAGGAAAUGUCAUACCAGCUUUUUUUUUUUUUUUUUUUUUACUGAGACGCCUAAAGUAAAAAAAAUGUUGAAUCUCUGGCAAAAUCUCAAAUCUUGACUUCCUUUGCCAAAUGCUGUUGAGAGAAUCGAACUUAAUGACGGAAUGUGCCAUGAUUGGGUGUUCCAGUGGCCUUUUUACGGAAUGUACCACUUCUUAAAACAAGGCUGCUAUCUCAUAUUUGAUAUAUUUUGACAGCACUUGAGAUUGUCGUGACAAGCACACGAAGUGGAGCAAAAACGAAGUGAUCACAUGACUCAUUUUUUCCCAUGUUGCCUAGUGUGUAUUGUAAGCGGAAUACACGUUUUCUACAGAUGAUAUUGUUUUGUAACGUGACCGUGAGAUGAAUGUUUGCGGAAAUAAAGCACCUUCCUGGAAG